UCGGGAGGGACCCAUCUCCUUCACCAACACGCCGGGGUGGUGGCGAAGGGUCAGGCCAGGCUGGGCUGUGGACAAGAGGUGCGGGAAACGCAGCACGCCUCACGCUGGCCGCGCCGCAGGCAAAUCCCAGGGCUGCCGCGCCCGCGCCCUCCGACGGGAGCCCCUGAUUGGGUCCCCCGCGAUCUGCCUGCUCCAGCCCGCUCCCCUCCCGGGAAGCGAACCCAGCCGAGAGCCGGCUGGCCAGGCCCUGCUCAAGAUUUAAAACGGGUCCAGAUUCCAGGUUGCACCGGAACAUUUUCUUACUUUGUUAGAGGAUCUACACUGGAAACAUCUCUGAAUCCCUGUCAGCAUCCCGUCUGUGGCCUACUACAAAAAACCAUUGUGACUCUUAGAGGCCAAUUGGGAACAACUGAAGAAAUAUAGGAAAAUGAGGGUCUCUUGGAAUAGAAACAGCAGAUUAGUUUCAAUUGAGAAUUUUCUUAAAAUUCGUAAACACUUAUGCUGUCUUAAAAUCUGCCAUUAGGGAUUCUCUGUUAUUUUGCAUUAAGCCUCCAGUUCCUUCAAUAGGUAUCAUGGAGGAGGCAGAAGGGGAUUUUGGCCUUCAGAGAUGGGCCUUAUCUCUUAGAUGAACACUGUUAAGACUGAGAGGAAGUGUCCCCCUCCCCCCAUCACAAUGAAAGCGAUUUUGCCAAGUGUAAGCAGAUGCCCUCAUCAGAAACGGAUGUUUCCUGCUGUCUCUCACCCUCCCUUAGAGCAUUCGGUCUGCCACGUCUAGCCAAACCAAGGCAGAAAUUACCGAUAUUCACCUAGCCCUUAGAACAGUAUUCCUCACCUUUUAAAAAAAAAAAAAAAUUUAAUUAAUUAAUUAAUUUCUUUAUUUUAUUGGCUGUGUUGGGUCUUUGUUGCUGUGCGCGGGCUUUCUUUAGCUGCGGUGAGUGGGGGCUACUCUUUGUUGUGGUGUGCGGGCUCCUUAUUGCUGUGGCUUCUCUUGUUGCAGACCAUGGGCUCUAGGUGCAUGGGCUUCAGUAGUUGCAGCACAUGGGCUCAAUAGCUGUGGCUCACGGGCUCUAAAGCACAGGCUCAAUAGUUGUGGCGCAUGGGCUUAGUUGCUCCAUGGCAUGUGGGAUCUUCCUGGAGCAGGGAUCGAACCCGUAUCCCCUGCAUUGGCAGGCGGAUUCUUAACCACUGCGCCACCUAGGAAGCCCUAUUCCUCACCUUUUUGAUGGUCAAGCACAAUAAAAAUGCAUUUUACUUUACAAUCCUGAAGGUAUAUACACACAACACUUAAAGUUUCACAAAAUGAUACUUAAACUUACUACUUUCAAUGCACUCUGCCAUUUUCUAUUCUGUUCUUCCUUUUUCUUUUCUUUUUUAUUUCAGCUGUUUGUGGCCUCCUAAGUGGUGCUAGCAAUUUAAAAAUCUAUACCCUUGGGGAUAAGAUGUUACCUGUGCUGAUUAUCUCUAGACAAAGUCUCACUGAGGCUUGGUUCUAAUCUCCUGUCCUCCUUGGACUUUUUUGCAUGCUUGGCUUCUGCAAUUAUAACCCUCAUGUGGAGUAAUCUUGGGUGGAUGUGAAAGGCCUGAAGUCAGGAAGGAAUUCCCACAGCCCAGGUUAGGCCGGUACUGCCUGGUGCUCUCAGUGUGUGUAACUGGUUUUUUAUCAGGGGCAAAGGGUAGGGGACUUGAGGAUGAGGUCUUUGGGCACAAAAGCAAAGCCCUGGGGCUUGUGAUGUGGGCUCGACUACUCCGCUAGCCUGGACAUCCUGGAACCUGCUUGUCCUUUCCCUGUCAGUCUGUUGAAAGUCUAGGAGACUGAUGUGUCAAGCCUAAGGGGAGAGCCUGCUUCUCCAGGCAAAAGGUUAUAUCUUACUGUGGUUGCACUUAACUUUCACAAACAGGAGUACACAGAAUAGCUGCGUAAGGCCAGUGCCCGAACUUAAUGAAGGAUGUCUGAGCGGGAGCAUUCUGAUGUGCCAGUGUCCUCAUUCUACAGUGUGCUCCGUUCUUUUGCCAUCUCCGAAAAAAAUGGUAUUAAAAGAAAAUAUUUUGUGAAAUAAGAAGCUCCUUUUACAUUUUUGAUGACCAACAUGGACAUCUGUUCUACAGAAUACAAAGUCCUAUGGUCUUGAAGAAGCGAGCACCCAUUUAAAACUGACCCUAAAUAAAAACAGACCUGAAUGUACGUCAGAAUGUUUGGUAGUGGCAGGAGAGUAAAAAAAUGGCAAUUUAUUCAGUUAUUUGCCACUUGUUUUGUACUAAGCCUCAUGUUCUUCUGGGCAUCCAUCGAUAAUCACAUCGUGAGCCAUAUGAAGUCCUACUCUUAUCGAUACCUCGUAAAUAGCUACGACUUUGUGAAUGAUAGCCUGUCUCUUAAGCGCAGUGAGGAUGGGGCUCCUCGCUACCAGUACUUGAUUAACCAUAAGGAGAAGUGUGAAGCGCAAGACGUCCUGCUCUUACUGUUUGUGAAGACUGCUCCUGAAAACUACAAUCGCCGUUCUGCCAUCAGGCAAACGUGGGGCAAUGAGCAGUAUGUUUGCUCUCAACUUAACGCCAACAUCAAAACUCUUUUUGUCUUGGGAACACCUUCUGACCCACUGACAAGAGAAAGACUUCAGAGAAGACUGGUUUGGGAAGAUCAGAUGUAUAAUGAUAUAAUUCAGCAAGACUUUGCUGAUUCUUUCUAUAAUCUUACUCUUAAAUUUCUUCUGCAGUUCAGUUGGGCAAAUAGCUUUUGUCCACAUGCCAAGUUCCUUAUGACUGCUGAUGAUGAUAUAUUUAUUCACAUGCCAAAUCUUAUUGAAUACCUUCAAAGUUUAGAACAAAUCGGUGUUCAAGACUUCUGGAUUGGCCGUGUUCAUCGUGGUGCUCCUCCAGUCAGAGACAAAAGGAGCAAAUACUAUGUCUCCUAUGAAAUGUACCAGUGGCCGGCUUACCCUGACUAUACCGCCGGAGCCGCCUAUGUGAUCUCUGGUGACGUAGCUGCCAAAGUUUACGAGGCAUCACAGACACUUAACUCUAGUCUUUACAUAGACGAUGUGUUCAUGGGCCUCUGUGCCAAUAAAAUAGGGGUAGUACCACAAUACCAUGUGUUUUUCUCCGGGGAAGGUAAAACUCCCUAUCACCCAUGCGUCUAUGAAAAAAUGAUGACAUCUCAUGGGCAUGUAGAAGACCUUCAGGACCUUUGGAAGGAUGCCACAGACCCAAAAGUAAAAACGAUUUCAAAAGGUUUCUUUGGUCAAAUAUACUGCAGAAUAAUUAAGAUAGUCCUCCUUUGCAGACUGACAUAUAUGGAUACGUAUCCAUGUAGCGCUGCCUUUGCCUAAUAGUACUUGAACGUUGUAUGUUUUCACUGUCACUGAGCCAGACCUGGAUGAAAACCCUUUAAAUGUUUGUCUGUACCAUAAGUGAGAUGGAUAUGAAGAACAAAGAAAUAUUCUGAAAGCCCAGUCUAUCAGAAUGUUUCUUUGAUUCUAGAAGCCCUUCAGUAUAACUUAUCUACUUCAUUGCCUAAAUUCAUGUCAAGGCAUUUACAUUUGGACAAGGUUUAUGAACACAAAACUAAAGGGAAUUUCAAGUUCUCGGUACCACAUGUAUAUUAGAGGUGUAGAGCAGGUGCCUAGGUGUUAGAAUAACUGCUUUUGGAAAAUACCAAGUAAAUGUAUAGUACAGCAUUUCAAAGAAAUGGAUAUAUUGUUAAGCCAGGUAUAUUUUGAUAAAAGAGCACUUGAUGGAGUUAGUGGGGGCAGGAGAGGAUUGGCAUAGAAAAAAGUACAUGAAUCAGGUAAAAGAAAGUUUCCUCUUCAGAGGAGAUUUAGGAAAAUGUACACAAUUUCUUUAUAAACUGCCAAAUCAUUUACUGUCACAUCUAUGUAGCUAUUUUUUACCUGGGUAGUGUUGGAGUCAUUUAAAAUAUAUUUAUCUUUUUUUCAAAGUUUAAUGUGAAAUUUAAGAAGUCAUUAGCUCUGCCCUAACUAGUACUUUAUGGUUUUUUUGUUUUUUUUUUUGAUGACUAGAAAAACAUGACACAAAACAUGGACGGUGUCUUACUCAUAGGGUCCUUCUCUAGAGAUAAAUCAUUGUUAAUUCAAAUACGCUGAUUUUAAUUUAAUGAAAUUUUCAGCUUUUAAAAAAUAUUCAAUAUGGGUUUAUUUUUAAGGCAGCUAUUUGAAUGUAGUUUACAUAGAGGAAUAUAAUAAUGGAGAAGAAUUCAAAAGGAAAGAUAGAACAUUAAAAGUGUUUUUCAUAAUUUAUAAAGUAAAAAUUUUAGUGUCUAAAUUGUUGUAUUUAUUACUAAAAUUAGUCCACCCCUCUCCAACAGGAUCUCAUAAACUACCAACUGUUCUGAGUUCAGCUUUUAGAAUUAAGAAUAUUAAACAUCAUAACUGUAGUAUUUAAAAAAAUCUGUUCUUUCAUCAAAAUAACUCUCAGAGGUGAUCUUCAACUUCUAAAUAUCUCAAACUUCAAAGCAGAAUGAAAGUGAUAGAAAAGUCACCAGAAUGAGGUUUAAAGCAUUUGUAAAGCUGUAUAUUCCUUGUAAUCAAAGAGAUGUGGCUGAGAUCCAAUAGAGCAAGUUACAUUUAUUUUACAAAGCAGAAUGAAAAUGUGGCUGCGAUGCAAACAACCUCCCCUCACAUACAGAAAGAACUAGGUGAUGUCUAUUGUUAGGGGGAUUAUAUGAAAGCCAAAAUAGUGACUUCAGCAAAAGCAGUUGAACCCUUUGUCUGCAGAGGCGCCUGUUAGGGAAAACUAAGAUGUAUCACUUAAUAAGCUGAUAUCUGAAACAUGCAAAAAAACUAAAAAAGAAUUGUCAGUAUACACAGCUGGACGAUGAUAUAUAUAUAAUAUGUUGCAGGUAGCUUUUCAAUGUUUACAGAAAUUUUUUGUUAAUUUUUUUCUAUUUUGAAAAUUGAAGCUUGUUUACAUCAAUUUCUCAGAUAAUUUAGAAUUUUUAACUCAUGUCAAAACUAUGGUGUCAAACAUUAUAGUUUGUAGUUACUUUCAGAGUAAGUUCAGGGUUUUUAGAUCAUUACAGUUUAAGUUUUCUGACCAAUUUUAAAAGCUGUAGAGAACAAAAGCACAUUUUGACAAAGCAGGUUUAUAAUUAAUUUUUAUUAGUUGGUCCUUUAAUAAUCAUUUGUCUUUUGGCCACACAUAUGCCCUGUGUGUCUAUAUUUGUAACUGUUUAAAUUUGCCAUUGGUUGAAAACAUCAGUGUCUCUUUGGCCAUCAGAAUGAUGUGAAACAGUUAUUUAUUUGUGAAAGAGCUCCCCUCAAUUGUGUUCAUCUUUUUAUUUUUGCUUAAAAUAGAAUGAAACAUUUAAAUUUAAAGGAAAUAUGAAGGCACUUCCUUUUUUUAAUAAGAAGGAAAUUGCUAGAUGCUUCCUUCAUCAGACUUUAUUGUACUAAGAAGAAUAAUUGUAAAUAAAGGAUUCCGACCUUUUAAAAAGGAAGGAAAAAACUUUUUGGUGCUCCAGUACAAGGCUGUCUUUUAAAAAUCGUCAAUAAAGGGAAAAUAGACUCAGCCUGGAAGGUCAAUUGAUAGUUAUACACAGUGUUAUUGCUAAAAACUUUUUACCUCUUGGUUGGUUUGCAUCUUUUUUCCAUAUUAAUUUUAUACCAAAAUGUUAAAUAUUUAUGUUAUUUGAAUUUUGCUCUUAUAUGGCAAAAUAAUUAGAGGGUUUUUAAAAAUAAAUCUAUGAUUUCCAAUAAACAACUUGAAAAUUGUCAACAGAUGUGUAUUUUCACAAAGGUUUUUAAACUGUGUGAACACCAUUUGUUUGUAUAAUCAACUAGUUCUGUUUAAUGUCAGAGAGGCCUGUAGUACAUGAUCUUAAUCCUAUUUCCUGUUCAGACUUGCUGCUGUGCCCAGGAUAGAGGAUUAUUGUGUCCUCUGCAUUGUAGAGCCAUCUAAAAUGGUUCUUUUGUUUGCUGAAAGAUUUAUGCUGGAAUGUCUAAGUGGGGGAAUUCUUCUCUCCUAAUAGAUUGUUCAGGAAAAGAUGAAAUAAGAACCUAUAGCCAGAGUGCCUUAAGACACUAUUUGAAAGGCCAUAUUUUCCUUUUAUUUGAUACCGUUAGCUAUCCAAAAGUUGAUUCAAAUUUAGCUCUAGUCUCUUAAUGUUAGGAAUGUUCUUCAGCCCGCUCUGCAGUUUUGGUGUCUCAUUAUAUUUGUACCUAGUAUGUGCUCAUCUGCUUUUCACUUGACUCCUGCUUGAUUCUUAGCAUAGUAGAUGGUGUAAUUCAAUCUAUAUAUUUUUUAGAACUUGGAAGCAUCUGAAUUAUUUGGUUGCAGUAGAAAGUUUUACUUGCGAGGCAUGACUGGGGUGUUUAUAGUUGGGACUGAAAUGAUGAUUACUCAGAAGAGUUAAGUUGACCUACAUUUGGGACUUUAAUUGAAUACCAUAGCUACAAUGAGAAUCAGACCAGAGAACUACUGAUGUACAGCGUUAUUCAUUCUUCUGUAAUAAUGAGGGAAAUGUUAGGUGUCUUCUUGGCUCUGCUUUCCCUGCAGUGACUGCAUUCUGCAGUGGGACUAGCCUCAGUCACAGCUUUCAUGAUGAUGUUCCUUUGCUCCAGACCUCAAAGGCUCCUCACGGCUUCCAGCAUCAAAUCUAAUCUUUUCUACCUGGUUUUCAAGGCCUUACCUAAUCCUCUUUUCCUCCUUCAUUCCCCGUAGCUUUAUUUUUCCCACUGCCACUAUUACCCAUCACAAAUCUCAUUCAUGAUCUUACCUUGCAUACACUGGUUUUCCUUGCCAUGACCACUGUUUCUCCUGAAGCUGUUGAAAUCUUGGAUUUACAACCCUAACUCUGCUCCUCCAUUGAGCAUCUCUUCCCCUCCCUCUAAAAUAUAUACUUAAUCACAUAUAUUAUUGUGCUCCCUAGGAAUUGUUUCAUGUGUUUUUUCCUAGCUAAAAUAUAAGUUCUGAAGGUAGGGACUAUGCACGGUGCUAUCACAUAGUGCUUAAAAUCAUUGUUUUUUUCCAAAUUAUGUUAUUGUGGCAAGCCAUCCAAAUAUGAAAAGAGUUUAAUUAUUCAGAACCCUUAAUGGACGCUGUCUGGUGUAACAUUUUACUUAUACUACUGAAAAGUCUAUAAUUUAUUCAAUGAAAUCUGAAUGCUUACUAUAUGCCAAGCAUAUUGUAACUAUCAGCUCUAGCCCAACAAAUCUGUAUUAGUUAUACAUUAAAAACUCAAAUCUAUAAAAUCAAAAGUGAAUAAGGAAAUACAGAUUAAACUGUUGCAUCAAAGAUGGUGAUCUUAUAGUAUGUAUUCAAAGCUGGUGGUAGAAUAAAAACAGUCGUCUUAUAGAUUCUCCUAUCUCCUUAAUCCACCAGCUAAUUUUGCCUUUUCUCAAAGUUCUUUUGCAAGAAUCUUAGAUGUUUUUGUUUCAUUAAAUGCUGUAGAUUUCCCAUUUGUAUUUCUCAUUAGAAGUAUGAUUUAAUCAUUUGCUGUAAAGUAAUAUAAUAAUUCAUCAACUAACUUUAAGGAUUCAUUAUAAGACUUAUAAAAUUACAAUUAUAGAAGUAAGUAUGGUUGUAGUAAUAGAAAAGUCCCCAAUGUUAUACUGUCACUUAAGGAAAACAACAGAAUACAUUGCCAAGUGGUGCUUUUCAGACAUAACCCAGCUAAAUACACUUUCAGAUAUGCUGAAUUGGGCCAUUUACUAUAACUCAAAGGUAUAUUUCAACCAGUAAGAGCCCACAUGUUUCCUUGAGUACACCUUAAAGUGAAAGAAUAAAAAGGAGUCUAAUUACACUGAUAUUGGCUAUAAUCAAGGGGCAAGUUCCUAAAGAUGUUUUCAUCAUUCUACAGGCAUUUUUUUUGGAGGCCUGCUAAGAGCUAAACAUGGUAGACCCUGGCGGAUAAAAGCAGCUCAUAAAUAAAUAAGUCAAAUGGUGUGGGUAAAACCAUGUGACAAAUGCAAGAAUAGAGGUAAUGAUGGGGAUUCUGAGUACAAAGAAGAUUUUUUAAAAAAUGAAUUGCCUCUCAUGCUUUCGGUCUUAACUGCCAUAAUUAAGGCUUUCUGAUCUGCAGAGCAUUCACAUGCAUGCAAACACCUUCCUGUAGGCCAAAAUAGCAUUAUAUUUGUAUAAAUUCUGUUUAUGGGGAACCUAUAUCCUUUAAAUGCUUUAAAACCAAUAAUUCAAUCAAUAUUAGCAAUCAUUUUCCAUUUACUAUUUUCUUGAUAAUCCACUGUUUUUUAAAACUGAGUAUCUUGGGAAGCCUGGUUUAUAUAAGAUGCCAUUUUCAGCUCUUGCUUGUUGCUUUUAUGAGACUCAUGAGUUUUGUUCUCCAGUACACAAUGAAGGUUACUCUAUAGAAUAAAUAUGUGAUUUUAUCUAGGAAAGAUAAGUGAUGAGAUUUAAAACAAAGGAUACCCUGCUCUCCUCCCCCCCCCCACCCCCCCCAUCCUUCUAAAGGAUUAAAAUGACUUCUACAAAGGGAUGUGAAAUCUUACCUGCUGGGGGAAAGAUUUUGGGAACUGUCAAGCUGCUCUGGUUCAGGGUUCUCCCCAUCAGGACUGCUUUUGAGUAUUUCUUCAUUCUAAAGUGAAAGAAAUUUUGGUUAAGAUCAUCUAUUUGUUUGGGGGAGGAGGACUCUUACCUAUAUUUUUCUAUUCCUGAAUCUCUUUGUUUUGUUUUGUUUUUAACUUUCUAGAUGAGCAACAUAUUUGGUUCCUCAUCUUCUUCUUUAUUGGAUUAUCCCCAACCACUCUGUGGAUCUUUUACAGUUUGCCUUCAUGCUUCCUUCAGGAACAUCAAAAACUCAUUCACGAGAGCAGAUGCCCUUUUUCCUUAAUAAUGGAGGGUGAUUAACAUUGUACUCUUCCCCCUUCCCUGCUGAUUCACAGAAAAGAUUCAGAGUUUGCCACAAGGGACAGCAAAGGGAUCAUCUGAUUCAAUAUUUCCUUUUUUUUUUUCUUCCUCCAGUAAGAAAUCAAAGUCUGGAGAAGUUGUGACCUGCCCAAACCCAGAAAGAGAGUUAGAGAUAGAGGAGAUACGUCCAGGGUCCACUUUCAUAGGCUUGUAAUCACAAGUCUGUUCCAUCACACUGCCUCCUUAGGCAGUGCAGGGUGGUCACCAGUGCAGGCUUCAAGCCAGUUGGGGGUCAGAAGCCCUGCUCCACUAUGGGCCACCUUUGAGACCUUGGGCAAACUCACUGAACCUCUUGAUUUCUUCCCCCUAGAACAUGGACCCCAUGGCACUGUUAGGGAACCACUGGCCGAAACUGCCAGCCUUGGCCAGGCAUCAUAAUAACCACUUGCGUGAGUUGUCUCACAACAGGAGGUCCAGAUGAGGAACAAGGUGCUGCACGCGGGGUGGGGCUGGAUUUGGGAGGGAGGAGACGCCAGCCCAUAAUAUGUCCUGCCAACCUCCCAGAAACCCUCAUGCUGGGAUCCAUCUUGGCUGAGAGAUGCAUGUACCACCAGGAAGGACCCUGAGUCAGACCAGAUAUGGGCCAAGCAAGAUGGUUGGCCAGAGACAACCUGGAAAGCUAACCCCAUUACCAUAAAACCUGAGACUGCAAGCCAUGUGGCAGAGCAGUUCUGGGUUGCCUUACCCUGCUGCUCUCUGCUGGAGCAUCCCUUCCCAAUAAAGUAUGUCUCCUUGGAUGAUUCAUUUCUGAGUGUUAGACAAGAGCCCACUCUUGGGCCCUGGAAGGGGUCCCCCUUUUGGUAACAGCACUAUCUGCCACAUAGGGUUGCAGACCUUUUUCAGAACCACAUUGGGUGGACUUCCCUGACAGUCCAGUGGUUAAGACUGUCCUUCCAAUGCAGGGGGUGCAGGUUCAAUCCCUGGUUGGGGAACUAAGAUCCCACAUACCGCACAGCGUGCAAAAAAAUUUUUUAAAAAAAAAGUUUUUUUUUAAAAAAAAGAAUAACACUAGGCAUUUAAUUCUCAAAAAGAGACAA